AUGCUGCUGCCCAGGUCCUUCAGGAAAGCUCAUCUUGGCAAACCCCGUGCAUACUCCAUUGCCGAGCCUGAUUUGAUGGGCGGCCUUGCUGAGUGGCCGCCAAAAGGCAACCAACACAGCCUGCCUAAGCCUCAUGCAGGUUCAGAGGGUCUAGCAAAUAGAGUCAGGCAGUUAGUUGCCAGCUCCUGCAGGCUGGCAUAUGACAACAAAAUGAGGCCACGGGCAAACUUCAAGGCAGAGCGCAGAAGUGAGGCUGGCUUUCUUACAUCACCCCCGCUCAUCGACACAUUUUCUCCCACCUUCAUCCUAUUCACUCAACUACGUCUUUCUAUCGCAAUCAAAUCAUUUAUCGUCAGAGGUUUCGUGGCUGGUACAGCUCUCCACGACGCCAAAAUGGCCGAGGUGGUGGGCCUCGUCACCAGCGUCGCAGGCCUCGCGCCUUUAAUCACCAAUCUUGUCAACGGCACCAGACGAUUGCGACGCAUCCGCAGAGACUCCGCGACGAUCCCAGAAGGGCUUGACUCUCUCAUCAAAGAGCUGGACUUUCUGCAGCUGGUCAUGCAGAAUGUCAACGCCCUUCCCUACGCAUCCGGAGCAGACUAUUGCCAGGAAAUUCUCACCGCCAUCGCCGAAGGCAUUGAAGAGUUGCUGGAUAAAUAUCCCCUGAGAUCUGUCUCAAGUGGCAAGAAGCCCAACUUGAAAGAAGUAUGGGGUCUACGCCAUUGGGAGGAGGACGUCAAUUCCCUGCGAGAAAGCGUCGAGAAGGCAAGCCAGAAAUUGGGCUUGUGCUUGCAGUUGAAUCUCAUGCUAAACAUGAUUCAGACGAAGAAUCUGGGAACAUCUUCGGGCUCUGAAGCAUCCAGUUCGUUUAGUUCAGUGACAGAGUCUGAGGCACUAUCGUCUUCCUCACUUGUCAAGUACACACCUUCUCGGCGAGUUGUGCGACAGGAUUGUGCAACCAAAGCGUGUUUCUGUUCAUGCCAUCGAAGUUCACGAAUAUCAAGACGAUUCUGGGCUUUGGACUACACCAGCCUGCUUCCGCCCAGCAACAAAUGCGACCAGCCAUCGUGCACCGCUUCAGCCUACGGAUUUCGCCUAAGGGUGGCACUCUCGCAACUGGGCAUUCCUUGGUCAGUUACCAUGGGCCUCCGUUUUUUGGCGGGAAUUGGGAGCUUCAGCAUCCAGCCAGCGCUUCAGGUGGAACGGGUCGUCAAGUACACGUCUCCAGGAUUCGAGAUAAUUUGGAAGUUGACGCACAAGCUAAUCACGGUCGACGACGCGUGCAUCGCGUUUCGACUACUUGCACGAGAGGACCCAACUCUCGACUUUCAUGUUGAUCCAUCUGGAUCUUCCUUCCUUAUUAGCUGUGCAAAAUGGUCCAUGGUGAACGGAAAUGCUGCCCUUCUAGAGGCUACAAUUGAGUCCGGAUUCGAUCCCGCAACAAUCGACUUGCCACGUUCUGAUGAAUUUCCUCAUAUAUGGCUGCCCUGGGCAUGGGAAUGGGCCUGGGACAUAUUCCGUCUACAGUUUCUCACCCUCUUAUUCAAGAACAACCCAGGUUUCGCGGGGAUGACGCCUCUUCACGACGCUAUACUAUUUGGAAAAUCCGAGGACGUACAGCAUUGGUCAACACGAUCAAAGAAGAAUGAGAGGAACUUUUGGGGCCAGACGCCUCUCCAUCUAGCCGUUACAAGACCACAGCACCUGCAAGUAAUCGUCGACGCCGAACAUGACCUGGAUUCUUUUGAUCAAAAAGAAGCCACGCCCCUCAUGUAUGCGGCGGCUUACGACGAGAUUGACGCAGCAAGGAUACUUAUUCGUGCUGGUGCUGAUCCUUUUGUUCGGAAACACACUGGUGGCAUCGGCUUUGCCUCGCUCUUGAUCGAGCGUGCCCACUGGGAUUUCAUGAUGGACAUCUUCCGCUUUUUGGAUGACGAGGCCAUGCAAACCACGGCAGAGAUGCUUGCCGAAGAGCUUGUUUUCCUCCAUUUUGUUUGCUCCUUCGGUUUGGAUAUGGGCAAUUACCUACCACAGUUGCUUUCCAGGUGCAAGUCUCUGGAUUCCCCUCUCGAGUUACCACUAGCAGCCACUUACUGGCAAGUGGUCAAGGGCAGAACUCUCCUUCAUUAUGCUCGCUCAGCGAAAGAAGUGGAUGCUUUGCUCGGUCUUGGUUUCACUAUGAUUAAUCAGGUGGACCAGGAAGGCCAGCACGCCCUAAUGAGCGUCAUUACUAGGGCAAGCCUUCCUAGUCUAGCGCCUUUAGUCCAGCGACUGCUAGAUGCUGGUGCUGAUAUCAACCUACAAGACAGGAGAGGCCAGACAGCUUGCCACGUCUUGAUGCAACGCCUUUCGAACAUUUGGGACCAGAUCUUCUAUGGAGGAAUAGACUGUCUGCAUACACUGGUGACUCGGGGGGCAGAUUCUCUGAUAUCCGACAACUGCAGAUGUUCUUGCUCAGUGUUAGGCUGUCUCCCAAUAGCACCAGAACGAGAAAAUGAGGUGUCUCGUUCCGAGGCAGAAACUCGUGUUAUCUUACUAACAGAAUGCAUCAUUCUCAUCUUGGAAAUAUGCGGAACAGAAACGGCCAAGCAAACCCUCCUAGCUAUCAUCCGACAAAUCGAGCACAAAAAGCUCGGCAUGACGCAUACUUGCUGCAGGAGAACACCCUGUUAUGACGAGGAUUCAGACCUGAUGCCUGAAGAUGACAUUGACGACAUCCUAGAAGAAGAGUCCGAGUUCAUUAGGCUCCUCGACGAGAAGAUGGAGCACGAGUCAAAAAGAGACAUCAACUCCCUCCUACGAAGCGCCAUUCUGGAUAUGACGCCUCCCAUGUACGAAACUUUCCAACCAUGCCCAUUAUCAAAGACAUUUGGCCCUAGGGAUAUACAAGAUCUUAAAAGGUAUCGCGUGGACCACAAAAACGAUUGCUUCGUCAGGGAAGACGAUCCUCGCUAUGUGUCAAAAUAUACUCCGGACAGCAUUGGUAGGUAUGCCCUAUGGCUUGAAAAGCGGCUUCGUAAGAGCAAUAUUUCGGAACAGACGGCGAUAAAUCCUUGGGGAGAUGCCUAUUUUCGAAGGAUUUCCUGGUUGCAGUUCCUAUGCAAUGCCAUGGAGAUUUCUACCGAGAAAUUGGCUGACCACUUCCAGGAUGGAGCCACAAUGUCCCACUAUUGGUCUUAUGAGAAAGAACAGAUCCGUGAAGAUGUCCAGCACUCCUUCCAAUCAUGGGAAGAAUGGAGCACCAAAGGGCCAGCGAUGGUGGUUGAUUCGACUGAUGGAGUCGCCGACUGGCCCUUGGGGGAGGAGGGUGACUAG